AUGGGAGAGGAUCGAGAGCACUCAGCGGGUGAGUUGGACGAGGAUGCGGUGCAGGAAGAGAAAUUUAACAUUUCAGAAGACUGCGACAGCAUCUCACAAGAGAGGGAUUCCUUCACACAGGAAGUACAAGACAUAGCAUUUGAUAGAGAAACCAUGGAGGGUGAGUUGGACGAUGAUGAGCAGCAGGAAGAUAAAUUUAACAUUUUAGGAGAAGACUGUGACAUCAUCUCACAAGAGAGGGACUCCUUAACACAGGAAAUGGGAGAGGAUCGAGAGCACUCAGCGGGUGAGUUGGACGAGGAUGCGGUGCAGGAAGAGAAAUUUAACAUUUCAGAAGACUGCGACAGCAUCUCACAAGAGAGGGAUUCCUUCACACAGGAAGUACAAGACAUAGCAUCGGAUAGAGAAUCCACGUUGGGUGAGUCGGACGAUGAUGAGCAGCAGGAAGAUAAAUUUAACAUCUUAGGAGAAGACUGGAACAUCAUCUCACAAGAGAGGGACUUCUUAACACAGGAAGUCCAAGAUAUAGAAUUGAAUAGAAAACCCACGGAGAAUGAAUACGACGCAAAUGAAAUGACGGAAGAGCAAUGGAACGUCAUAAGGCAUGACUGCGACAAUAUCGUUAAAGAUCUAGAGUCCUUAAUACUCGAAGCCCAGCAGAUGGGAGAGGAUAGAGAGGACUCAGCGUGUGAGUUGGACGAGAAUGAGGUGCAGGAAGAGAUAUUUAACAUUUCAGAAGACUGCGACAGCAUCUCGCAAGAGAGGGAUUACUUCACACCAGAAGUACAAGAUAUAGCAUCGGAUAGAAAAUCCACGUUGGGUGAGGUGGACGAUGAUGAGCAGCAGGAAGAUAAAUUUAACAUCUUAGGAGAAGACUGCAACAUCAUCUCACAAGAGAGGGACUCCUUAACACAGGAAGUCCAAGAUAUAGAAUCGGAUAGAAAGCCCACGGAGAAUGAAUACGAUGCUAAUGAAAUGACGGAAGAGCAAUGGAACGUCAUAAGGGAUGACUGCGGCAGUAUCGUUAAAGAGCUAGAGUCCUUAAUACUCGAAGCCCAGCAGAUGGGAGAGGAUAGAGAGGACUCAGCGUGUGAGAUGGACGAGGAUGAGUUGCAGGAAGAGAUAUUUAACAUUUCAGAAGACUGCGACAGCAUCUCACAAGAGAGGGAUUCCUUCACAUCAAGAGUACAAGAUAUAGCAUCGGAUAGAGAAUCCACGUUGGGUGAGUUGGACGAUGAUGAGCAGCAGGAAGAUAAAUUUAACAUCUUAGGAGAAGACUGCAACAUCAUCUCACAAGAGAGGGACUCCUUAACACAGGAAGUCCAAGAUAUAGAAUCGGAUAGAAAACCUACGGAGAAUGAAUACGAUGCUAAUAAAAUGACGGAAGAGCAAUGGAACGUCAUAAGGGAUGACUGCGACAUUAUCGUUAAAGAGCUAGAGUCCUUAAUACUCGAAGCCCAGCAGAUGGGAGAGGAUAGAGAGGACUCAGCGUGUGAGUUGGACGAGGAUGAGGUGCAGGAAGAGAUAUUUAACAUUUCAGAAGACUGCGACAGCAUCUCACAAGAGAAGGAUUCCUUCACACCAGAAGUACAAGAUAUAGCAUCGGAUAGAGAAUCCACGUUGGGUGAGUUGGACGAUGAUGAGCAGCAGGAAGAUAAAUUUAACAUCUUAGGAGAAGACUGCAACAUCAUCUCACAAGAGAGGGACUCCUUAUCACAGGAAGUCCAAGAUAUAGAAUCGGAUGGAAAGCCCACGGAGAACGAAUACGAUGCUAAUGAAAUGACGGAAGAGCAAUGGAACGUCAUAAGGGAUGACUGCGACAAUAUCGUUAAAGAGCAGGAGUCCUUAAUACUCGAAGCCCAGCAGAUCGGAGAGGAUAGAGAGGACUCAGCGUGUGAGUUGGACGAGGAUGAGGUGCAGGAAGAGAUAUUUAACAUUUCAGAAGACUGCGACAGCAUCUCAAAAGAGAGGGAUUCCUUCACACCGGAAGUACAAGAUAUAGCUUCGGAUAGAGAAGCCACGGAGGGUGAGUUGGACGAUGAUGAGCAGCAGGAAGAUAAAUUUAACAUUUUAGGAGAAGACUGUGACAUCAUCUCACAAGAGAGGGACUCCUUAACACAGGAAGUCCAAGAUAUAGAAUCGGAUAGAAAGCCCACGGAGAAUGAAUAUGACGCUAAUGAAUUGACGGAAGAACAAUGGAACUUCAUAAGGGCUGACUGUGACAGUAUCGUAAAAGAGCUAGAGUCUUUAAUACUCGAAGCCCAGCAGAUGGAAGAGGAUAGAGAGGCCUCAGCGGGUGAGUUGGACGAGGAUGAGGUGCAGGAAGAGAAAUUUAACGUUUCAGAAGACUGCGACAGCAUCUCACAAGAGAGGGAUUCCUUCACACCAGGAGUACAAGAGAUAGCAUCGCUUGUCGCUCUGCAGUCUUGCAGUUUUUCUCAG